AUGGCUUGGUGUGCGAAAAUCUAUGAUAUUCUCAACGGGUGGAAUGGAGACGAGGGCGACCUACCAACAAUAACAAAUAACAACAUAAGUAAAUCAAUCAGAAUCAAACGAUUCAAUUCGGAUUUAUAUCAACACAAUUUGACUGACAACGAAACGACGAUUAUUCAACAUGAUAGUCCCGUCCUUGAAAGAUCUGAAUCGUUAAACAAUGCUCAUCUGUCGACAAGUGGACAAUUAUAUAAUAAUGAUUAUUUAAAUCGUCGUGACUAUCGCGGAGAACAUAUUUGUGCUGACACUCUUUUCUCAUGCCACCAACGUGAUGGACAAUAUUAUUCUAAUCCUCAACAGCAAUCGUACAAUAUUGCAACAAUUUCGCAUAUGUCACUCAACCUUCCAAAGUCUGUCGGUGGUAUUAGAGACGUAGACGGUCAACAACAACUUUCUCGAAGCUACUCUCUCGAUUUUCCAAUGGAACUACGUCGAAGUCAGACGAGUUUACCUGUUUUGAAUCAUAUUCCAGUUCGCAUGCGGCAUUCAAUGAACCCUCAAGCCAAUCGGCAAAGUGUUCAGUUAGAAAGACCUAGCCGAGCAUCAUUGAAACAUUCAGUUUUGCAUAACAGCCAAGCUUCCUUACCAAAUCGAGAGGAUUCGUUUACUGGAAGAAUUUCGACACGAUCAAAUUAUUCAACACUCGAUUAUGAAAGUAGUGAAGUACAAUCGCGUAAUACUGAUCAAGUUCAACAGGCUAUUCAAUAUUAUAUCACCGAAAUGUUAACUUCAUCACCCGGUGGUGUGUUUCCCAUGAUCUAUCGUAUACCAUCUGAUGAUGCCCUACACGAACAAGAUCGCUACCGUGUCGAAGGCGGCUACGGUGAACCAUCACAGUGGAUUUUUAAGACGAAAAUACUUUCAAGUGAUUGUCGAAUUACGUCGGAAAAUAUAGCGUCGCUCUAUAUGAAUUAUUUCUACGACCAAUAUCAUUAUGAUAUUUUCGCAAUUGACGAAGAUUUCGAUCCUGUGGUCAUGUCGAUUAAACCUCAAAAUGAUGAAUUAACCGUCAUCGUUCGUACAAAAGAAGGCUCGAAAUCGAUGACGCUUGUAGAAAACGAAAACGUUGUAACGAAUUACAUUACUCUCGCUCAACAUCUCUAUCCUGACUUACACAUCGAUCACUUCGAAAAUUGUACGAGCUUGAAAGCGCAACAGUACGUUAAAGAAUAUGAUGAGAAAUUAGAAACACAAAAGUUCAAAUUUGGAAUCAUUUACCAACGAAGAGGACAAACGACAGAGGAAGAGUUUUUCAAUAACGAAAGACACAGCCGAACAUUCGAUGAAUUCCUUGAUAUCAUUGCAACAAGAGUAUCAUUGAAAAACUUUAAAGGAUAUCGCGGUGGUUUGGAUACAAGCGAAGAUACAGAUUCUCCAAUCUCCUAUUACGAAUGUUACGAUGACAAAGAAAUCAUGUUUCAUGUUAGUACCUUAUUGCCCUUCACACCCAACGAUGUUUCACAGAUUCAACGUAAACGUCAUAUUGGAAACGACAUUGUUGCGAUUGUUUUUCAAGAAGAAAACACUCCAUUUCAUCCCAGCAUGAUCAAAUCGAACUUUCUCCAUAUAUUUCUUGUUAUUCAACCUGUUCAAAUUCUUUCUCGAACAUGUUACAAAAUAAUGCUGAUCGCUCGUGAUAAUAUUGAAGAAUUUUCUCCAAUUCUCCAUCCAAACGUUGUCUAUGUGCGUACCGCCGAACACUUGAAGCCAUUCAUUCUUUCGAAAUUGAUCAACGCGGAAUAUGCUGCUUAUCGUUGUCGAACAUUCGCAUUAUUACAACAACGCACACGCUGUUCUUACUUAAAAACUUUGUGUGAAAAUCUGUCCGAAAAGUCCUAUGAAGUUCUCUGCGACGAACAGAAACGUGUUGGUCAUCAUCGUCUGUCUCUAUUAUCGAAUUCUGCACGCAAACGCUAUUUAUUCUCCAUGAAGAAAAUUUUUAGUCGUAGUAGUAGCAUAUCCGAUAGUCCUCGUCAAUCAUUGAAGUCUAGUGAGAAGAAAACGAAAGCUAGCAAGAAAUUAAUUCGAUUAGGGAAAUCCAUGGACAGUGUGGAUGCCCAUCCACGUCUAUCACUCGCCAAUUCAUCCUCUGAACAAGAAUCAACACGUGAAAAUAGUUCAAUGCGUCGACAUACCAAUGGCCCAAGUGACGAUAGUUUGAAUGAUAGUGCUGAUAUGAGUAGCUCAACAGUUCAACAUAAUUCUUCACUUCCCACUCAGGUUUACUAUGGUGACGAAUCGGACGAAGGAUUAGAUAGCAUGUCUUCCGUCGAAACAACCCGUGUGCCGUACGAUAGCGAUGAUCAAGAUGCUUACCGACAACAAUUGCGUGAAAAAUCCUAUCCCUCACAUAUUUGGCAACGCAUAUCGUCUAGCCAACGACAUAUUUCUACGCCGCAAACAGCUGGGAUUCAUAUAAGUGAAGAAGCAACUGUUUAG